UCUAAUUUAUUUGUCCUCCCUCGUCCUCCUGAAGGUGUCUGUGAUCUGUGCUUCCUGUCACACCCACUUAUGAGAACUCAAAUCUCACUUCCAUCUCGAAAUUUUGUGUUUGCGUUUGAUGGAGAAGAUGCUCCUAAUGCUGGUGCUUCUGAUGCCAGGAACAGUGAGUGCUGGUUGGUCAGUGACGUUUGAUAACCCAAAUCCGUGUGCUUUAAAGGGAUCAUCAGUGGAGCUCAGCUGCUCAUACAACUACACAGACGGGGAAACUGUUAUAAAGACUGCAUGGUACAAAGGGGAAUUAAAAGAUGGCACCUGGAGACGCGUUGAGCUCUCAGACCUUCCUUCAUAUCAAAAUCGUUCUGAAUUUUUUGGCGACCAGCUGCACGACUGUGGCCUUGCGAUUCACGACCUGCAGGAUAGUGACAGUGGACAUUACUACUUCAGGUUUGAUACGGAGACGUAUGGGAGGCGGAGUAAAGAAUCAGUGUAUCUGACUGUCACAGAUGCAGAGCUGAGAGCCAGUGUUUACCCUGAGAGUGUGAGAGCAGGAGACACCGUGACUCUUAAAUGUGGAACAUACACGAGCACAUCCUGCCAACUUCCCAGCACAGUUUGGUUCAAAGAUGGACGUCCAGUAGCCGAACCAGUGUUCCAGGCUCAAGCCGAGGAUGCUGGGAAUUAUUCAUGUGCUGUCAAAGGACAGGAGUCAGUGCUAUCUGACCCUGUGGCUCUGGAUGUUCAGUAUCCUCCAUUGAAUGUGUCAGUUGAGGUGAGUUAUCAUGGCCCCCUGACAGAGGGCAGCAGUGUGAACCUGACCUGCAGCAGUGCUGCUAACCCUGCAGCAGACAGCUACACCUGGUACAGGGUGAGUACUGGCUCCAUGCUGCAGGUGGGAUCAGGACAGGUGCUGUCCCUCCCCUCUGUGGACGCGUCCCACACUGGACUCUACCUCUGCCGGGCCGGGAACCAUCUAGGGGGAAACAACUCAACCGAGGUGCUGCUGACAGUGGACGAAACAGACAUUAACCGUGUCGUCCUCUUUGUUGGUAUUGGAGUCAAAGUCUUUAUAAUCUUGUUGCUUCCACUGGUUAUUAUCUGGGCAUGGAGGCUGAGACGUAACUCUGCUGUGGAUAAAGAGGAGAACGGCCAUGAUUAUGAAAACAUCAACCUAAAGAGCUGAGUCAUUUAGAAGGAAAUGUCUGUUCAGCCUGAUGAUAUUUCAUGACACCAGAUACACGACUUGGCAUGGGAACGUCUGUGGUUCAGUGGUAUGCUGCUUGGAGCUCAACCAGAAUACAGCUUAAGUUAAAGAGUUGAGCAGCAAGUUUGCCGGCAUGAAAAAUGCAGCAACACCUCUCGUUCUCUCCUGACUCCCAUCUGUUCAAACAGUCAAUCCUUCUCAUGACACUGGAGACACUACCAAGAAAACAUGACCUAGUUUUAUCAGUGAAAUACCCACAAAAUGUAACUAAAUGAAGCUAUUUUACUUUGAACAUGUUCCAGUUGAGCGAGUGGUUCACUGCUGGAACAACAGACAGUGUGCAGAGUCAUUGUAGUCAAACCAGGAUAUGCUGCCCUCUUGUGUUUAAAAUACUCAUGUACAUUAUGUUCUGCUUGUAAAUACAGUACUUUGUUACCUUCAGUCUACUAAAUUAUUUAGUUAGGGUAAGCUCAGGGUUGAGGUUUGUUAAGAUAUAAUGAGAUUUUUAUAAUAAUUAGUGUUUGUAAUUGUAACAGACACAACCACAACAGCAUAGCGUGCAUGUAUCGGGUCAAUGCAUUUUAAAAUUUGUUUCACACUGUAAACUGAUCAAUAUGUGCCUCACACAGAUGGCAGAACUGUGGUCAAUAUGGUAGUAGUCACUGAUCGCUAUUCAAUAAUCUUUUUGUAUACCUUCUGGUGAAAACUACACAAAACAACACGUGUAAACACCUGCAUGCAUAAGAACGAGCAUUUCAAACUUGCUGCUGUGAUAACUGUAUAGAUUAUGUUUUUCUAGGGCAUAGGGCAUUUAAAUAAAUAUGUUAUUAAUA